AUGUCCGCGCCGCCGUCCAAGGACAAUGGCGGCACCAUCAACCAAAAGAUGCAGUCGAACCUCCCCAACCCUGUCGCCGAACGCCUCCCGCACAUUCCCGAGUCCAAAGACGAGCUAAAGACGGAACUCAAAGCCGAGGCGAAGGCGGCAGCCGGUAGUUUCGCCUCGCAGAUCCGGUCCUUUGCCGCCGGCGGCUUCGGCGGCAUCUGCGCCGUCGUCGUCGGCCACCCCUUCGAUCUCGUCAAGGUGCGCAUGCAGACUGCCGAGAAGGGCGUCUACUCGUCCGCGAUCGACGUCGUCAGGAAGAGCAUAGCAAGGGAUGGGCUGCGGAGAGGUCUGUAUGCCGGUGUCAGUGCGCCGCUGGUCGGUGUUACGCCUAUGUUCGCCGUCUCCUUCUGGGGCUACGAUCUCGGCAAGCAAAUCGUAACCUCCUUCUCCCCACCGAGCCCCGACGGCGGCCUCUCCAUCGCCCAGAUCUCCACCGCCGGCUUCUUCAGCGCCGUGCCCAUGACCGCCAUCACGGCGCCCUUCGAGCGCGUCAAAGUCAUCCUACAAGUCCAGGGCCAGCGCCUGAAACCCGGCGAGGAGCCCAAGUACAAGGGCGGCGUCGACGUCGUGCGCCAGCUCUACCGCGAGGGCGGUUUAAGGUCUGUCUUCCGCGGCAGCACCGCCACCCUCGCCCGCGACGGCCCCGGUUCGGCCGCCUACUUCGCCGCCUACGAGUACAUGAAGCGCCGCCUCACGCCGCGGGAUCCCGUCACGGGCAAGCCCCAGGGCGACCUCAGCCUCAUGGCCGUGACGUGCGCGGGAGGCGCCGCCGGUGUGGCCAUGUGGAUCCCCGUGUUCCCCGUCGACACCGUCAAGAGCCGCCUGCAGACCGCCGAGGGCAAUGUCAGCAUUGGUGGUGUCGUGCGCGAGCUGUACGGCAAGGGUGGUGUCAAGGCCUUCUUCCCGGGCUUUGGCCCCGCGCUGGCGAGAGCGGUGCCUGCGAAUGCCGCCACCUUCUUGGGCGUAGAGCUGGCGCAUCAGGCUAUGCGAAAGACGUUUGGAUAA